AUGGAUUCCUAUGAAGAAUGCCGCGGUCCCCCAAGACUGUUCCUUCUGAAUAAGUUUGAUGUGGCUGGGGCUAGGGCAUGUCUGAAGCGUUAUAUUGAUCCAUCAUUCUUUAAAAUGGAGUCAGCUUCAUCUGUAAGAGCCACUGUACAAGUCCACAGGGAAAGAAGAAUUCGUAAAGUCAAGAAGAAAGGAGCACGGCUAAGGGACGAUGAAACUCCUAAUGUUGUACCAACACAUUCAAAAUUACACCAACUGCUUCUUGAGGAAUGUAUUGAGAAUGGUUAUAGUAAUCCAGCUCGCCUAGUGAAGCUGAAGAAAAGACAAUUGAAUGGACCUGCUGUUGAAGCAAAAUCUGGGAAAAGUUACAUGGAGAAAUUUCUAGAAACUCCCUCGCCUGAUCCGAAAAUGAUUUAUGAAACUUCAAUCUUUCCGCUGCCAGUGAAACCGACACCAGAUGAUUCUAGCGAAGCAGGGAUUAAAAUUCUUGAAAUCAAUAGCAUUAAAAAGUCGAUUGGAGAUGAAAAGUCUGAUGAAACAAAGAGGACCACACCAACAAAGAGGACCACGCCAAAGAAGAAACUCUAA